UCGCCUUUGUCUCUCCUUUUGUGCCGUUUAUAUUAAGUUUCGAUUGAAGACACUCUGUUCCUCUGUCUUGCGCGAUCUCUACCCACUCCAACAAGGUUGUUCUGUGAAACGAAAAAGGAAGAGCUUGAUUUGGAAUAAAUGGGGUAUAUUGGGGCACAUGGUGUGAAUGCCUUGCAUAAAUACAAGUAUAGUGGUGUAGAUCACUCCUUAGUAUCCAAAUAUGUCUUGAAUCCCUUCUGGACUCGCUUCGUGAAUUUCUUUCCCCUAUGGAUGCCGCCCAACAUGAUUACACUUACAGGGUUCAUGUUCUUACUCACAUCUGCACUGCUUGGCUACAUAUAUUCACCAAGAUUGGAUUCAGCUCCUCCUAGAUGGGUCAAUUUUGCUCAUGGAUUGCUACUUUUCCUAUACCAGACCUUUGAUGCUGUUGAUGGGAAGCAAGCCAGACGAACAAAUUCCUCAAGUCCACUUGGGGAACUGUUUGACCAUGGAUGUGAUGCACUUGCAUGUGCGCUUGAAGCAUUGGCUUUUGGGAGCACUGCAAUGUGUGGAACAAACACUUUCUGGUUCUGGGUGAUUUCAGCUGUUCCAUUUUACUUUGCAACUUGGGAGCAUUACUUUACCAAUACCCUAAUUCUUCCUGCCUUGAAUGGGCCCACAGAGGGUCUCAUGCUGAUAUAUUUGAGUCAUUGUUUCACAGCAUUUGUUGGUUCUGAGUGGUGGGCUCAACCAUUUGGCAAGUCUUUGCCUAUUCUGAGUUGGAUCCCUUUUCUAAGUGAAAUUACGAUGUCCAACGCUGUGUUGUUACUAAUGAUAGCUUUCGCUGUUCUCCCAACCGUAACAUUCAAUGUUAUGAAUGUUUAUAAGGUCGUCCAGGCACGGAAAGGCAGCAUGCUAUUGGCACUGGCAAUGCUUUAUCCUUUUGCUGUUCUUUUGGGAGUAGUUUUGGCAUGGGAUUAUUUGUCACCAGCAGGCAUCAUGAAGAACUAUCCACAUUUAGUCAUAAUGGGAACUGGGCUUGCUUUUGGGUACCUUGUGGGAAGAAUGAUUCUUGCUCACUUGUGUGAUGAGCCAAAGGGCUUGAAAACUGGAAUGUGCAUGUCAUUGUUGUACCUCCCAUUUGCCAUUGCAAAUGCACUCACGGCUAGGCUGAAUGAUGGUGUUCCAUUGGUUGAUGACAGUUUGGUUCUCCUCGGUUACUGUGCAUUUACAGCGGCACUCUAUCUUCAUUUUGCAACAUCAGUCAUUCAUGAAAUCACGACAGCCUUGGGAAUCUAUUGCUUCAGGAUAACUAGGAAAGAAGCUUGAGUUCUGGUUGUGUUUGACUUGUGGGGCUGUUCUCUUCCCAUUCAUUUCAUCCUUUUAUAUGUAAGUGUAGUAUGAUUCAUUGCGGGAGAUUGUUGUGCUUUGUGUUAGAAAUGCAUACGUUGCAUUCGUUCUCUGAUGUUUGUAAACGUCUUUCAGUUCUGCCAGCAACUCAAGAGUGAUGCGGGUCAAGUAUUUCGUCAAUAUAGCUUUUGUAUAAGAAGUUUAGUAACGGAUGCAUUGAUCAAGGUCCAAUUUAUUUUCAUUCUACUGUUGUACUAGAUUGUUUGGUUGACUUUCAGAAUAGAGUAGAGCAUAUAGGCACGAUUCUUGUUCAGUUGCGUCAUUUGAAAUUUAUAAAAUAGAUGUUUGAAGUUUCAAU